GGGCGGCGUCUCGCGAGGCCUUCAACCUUUCGCGAGAUUUCACCCGCUUCUGUCUUUUCCUCCUUCCCGUUCCCGAUUUUCUUCCCCUCCCCCUCAUCGCUGACCAAGUUCUGUUUCAGCCCGAGUCGCCUUGGUGUUGCCGCGGAGAUUUUUCCCUUCUGCUGCCGCCCUUGUCGCCGCCCCGACCCCUUCCUGCCGCCCUGCUCCUAACCCCACACAAGAUGUCAGAAGAUCUAGCAAAGCAGUUGGCAAGCUACAAAGCUCAACUCCAACAAGUUGAAGCUGCACUGUCCGGAAAUGGAGAAAAUGAAGAUUUGCUGAAAUUAAAGAAAGAUUUGCAAGAAGUUAUAGAACUAACCAAAGACCUUCUGUCAACUCAGCCUUCUGAAACUCUUGCAAGUUCAGACAGUUUUGCUUCUACUCAGCCCACUCAUUCAUGGAAAGUAGGAGACAAGUGUAUGGCAAUCUGGAGUGAAGAUGGACAGUGUUAUGAAGCCGAGAUUGAGGAGAUAGAUGAAGAAAACGGCACCGCUGCAAUCACCUUUGCUGGCUAUGGCAAUGCUGAAGUGACUCCACUGUUGAACCUCAAGCCUGUAGAAGAAGGAAGGAAGGCAAAGGAGGACAGUGGCAACAAGCCCAUGUCAAAAAAAGAAAUGAUUGCCCAGCAGCGUGAAUAUAAAAAGAAGAAAGCUUUGAAAAAAGCACAGAGAAUAAAAGAACUUGAGCAGGAAAGAGAGGACCAGAAGGUGAAAUGGCAACAGUUCAACAAUAGAGCCUAUUCUAAAAACAAAAAAGGCCAGGUAAAAAGGAGUAUUUUUGCUUCACCUGAGAGUGUAACCGGCAAAGUUGGAGUAGGAACUUGUGGAAUUGCUGAUAAACCUAUGACACAAUAUCAAGAUACCUCUAAAUACAAUGUCAGGCAUUUGAUGCCUCAAUAAUCAGAAAAACUGUUGGAUUUCAUCUCUGCAGGGCUUUACAUUUACCUUUUUAUCCUUAUAUUUUUCUAAAGGUAAAUUAUUUGUUAGAUGAGUAAGGAAGAUACCAUUGUCGUCUUUAUUUGACUUCAAUAGAGUGAAACUUGAAGAAAUUGCAUUUGAUAACUGCUAUUCAUUUACCUUUUUGUUACUACUACCACAGUUUCCUCAAAGUUUGUUGAAUAAAGCAACUUUUCUAGAUAGAUGCUGCAUAAAUACAGCACUUAGAUGAAUUGUUGAUCUUCCUAAUGUCAGGCCCUUACUUAAUGGAUGGUGUAUACAUUUUGUAAAGUCCUAACUUGGAAUACUCAGAUGCUUUGAACUUGCCACAUAUUGUAGCAAUUCACUGGAACAUCAAGGCAAAAUACCAACCUGCUAAGGAGCUUUUUUGUCUUCAACGUAAACCUGGCCGGCUGUUGCCUAAUUAAGCCUAGACAUAUGUUAAUUUGUAAAUGGCAAACCUUGUUUUGAGGUUUUUCCUUCAAUGACUUGUUUGCUAAGUCUAUUAGGCUAUCUCUGAAAUUGAUUCAGCUCUUACAUUCUUCCCGCUGAGUUUUAAUUUUAUCUAAGAAACCAUGUUUAGGACCUGCUACCUUUUGUAAGGUGGUGUUUUUGUUUUUUUUUUAAUGUUUGCUUUUUUCUGUAUUGAUUUUUCCCUUACCGUAGUGGUACCAUUUUUUGGAUGUGUAAUGUUUAUAUAAGAAAACAAAAAGCUUGAUGUAUAGCCCUGUAUACAGUGUAGAUACUAUUUUUGUAAAAAAAAAACAGAAAACAAAAAAACCAAGGCUAAAUUAAUGAACAAGAGUACUGAAUGUUUCAUCAUUAAAAAUUUACUGUAUUUCUUGUGCAUUAAUCUCACCAUAAUUUCCCUGUAUAUUAUGUUCAUGUAGCUGAGUUUAUAAUUUUUGUUAACUAGAUCAAGUUGUCAGCAUUUGUUGGUAUAAGUGAACAUCACAGUUAUACUGAGUUUAAGCCAAAUAUAUGCAUAGUAAAGUGUCUUCCUAUUAAUGGAAGAUGGUGAUUUUUAGGAUAUGUGUUAACUUCAGUUUUUUGUAUGUUUAACUUUUAUUAAAUAAAGUGUUUUUAAAAUCUCCAGGAUGUGUUAACAGAAGAGUGGUGAAGUCCUAGCUGGCAGCAUUGAUCUAGUGGUUAAGCUUCAAUGUACUUGCAUUCAUCAUUUCCACAGAAAAGAGAAUAUUGAUCUGUGAUAAAGGUUUCAGUAAAUCUUAUGUACUUCCAUUAUACAUAAAAAAUUGGAUCCUAAAGGACAAACUAUUUUUAUUUUAAGGGCUUGUGUUGUGUAUAGAGGUGUUUGUAAAUUUUUGGUAAAAGGGGAAAAUAAAAAUUUUAAUUUAAUGAAUUUUAA